AUGCCCACCGUCUCUGUCCUUUACAAGGGAGCCAUCAUCAUCAGCAGGACGCUCAUGGGACCAUACGGGAUGGAUCGAACCGUGCACUGCUUUGAUUUCCACGACUGUGCAAAUGGGCUGGGUAUUAAGGUAAUUGGUGGCAUCAAGGAACUCACCGGAGAAGAAUAUGGAGUUUAUGUCAAGAGGAUCCUUCCAGGGGGUGUUGCUUACGCGGACGGGCGCCUGCAGCCAGGUGACCAGAUCCUGGAAGUCAAUGGAGAUUCCUUAAUUGGGGUUACAAGCGAGAGGGCUGUGGACAUCCUGAGGACGGCGUCAGCCACCAGCCACAUGCGCCUUCUUAUAACCCGCGAUGACGACGCCAGGAGAGAGUUCUCUGAGCUGCUGGAGAAGUUCGGCUCCCAGAGCAAUACAGGCUCAGCGCGGAGCUCACCGAUCCUGCACGGCGGCAGUCGAUACCUGGAAAGUACAUCCUCAGGCUCCUCCUCGUGCUCUCAGAGCCCGCUGCUGCUGAGCCCCGCCAAUUCCCACGGACCCUUCAUCGGAAACCCGGCACACCCCCCUCACGCACACUACUCCAUUGAAUCAGGAAUCCAGAGCAUUUCUAUAGCAAAAUCCUCCGGCUUAGGGCUGACAAUCAGUGGUGGAUCUAACAGGCCUGAUGGCCCCAUGAUUUAUGUUCAAGAGCUUAUGCCAGAUGGUGACUGUUACAAGGAUGGUCGGCUCCGACCUGGUGACCAACUAAUCGCUAUCAAUAAAGAUUCUUUGGUGGGCAGCACACAUGAAGAGGCCAGAAAAAUAAUUGCAAAAGCCAAAUUCAGAAUAGACAUGAAAAUCAUUUUCCUGUGCCUUCUUUGUCACCGGACAUUUGCCCACCAGAGCUUACUGUCUCAGGUUCUGCAGUAUCUUGGUCUGGAUGUGACUGAGGAGAAGAAGAGGCAGUUACGGCAAAGCCUGACCACAGACUCACAGGGGACAGUGGCCUACGGAGAUCUUCUCCAAGCACUCAGGGAUCUGAUGCAGGAGGAGCUGGACAAGGCUAGUCUGGAUUCCAACUCCAUGCUCUUCACGCAGCACGAAGUGGCCAGUUUGCUGGAUAUAUCGGCUUUUCACUCUCCGACCUUCGACUCUCUCAGCUGUAAUGACAAUGAGGAGCUGGAGCAGCUGCAACUGGAAAUGAUGGAUCUGCGGCAAGAAGUCCGAAGGCUAAAGUCUCUCCUGAAAGAGGUGGAGACCAGCAAGAAGACAAUGGAAGAUGAGCUUCAGAGACUGAACCAGAAAGCACUGGGGUUCCUCUCCGAGAACCGGACGCUGCACAGCAAGCUGCAGAUGGCAGAGGUCGUGCAGAGACAGGCACACAGUGCAGAGCAGGACUAUGAGGAAGUGAUCCACUUGCUGGAAGCUGAAAUUGCAGAACUGAAGAUGCAGUUGGUGGGGAAGAAAGCAAAACACGUCUCUGAAAUAGAGGAGAACAUCCUGCAACUGAAAAGACAGUUGUCCCUGGCUGACGGCCAGUUACGAAAAUCAGAAGUCUCACGGAAGCGCCUGGAGAUCUGCAAUAGGAAACUGCUCCUGUUUGUGCAGGUGAAGUGCUGA